ACCGACGCCGCCGCCAGCUCCAUCCCCGGCUCCUGCUCCCCCAUCGUAUAGUAAGCCGGUGCCUGCCAGCCCACGCCCGCCAUGUCCGCCGCCAUCGACAACGAGGACCUGGAGGAGCUCUCCAUCUCCAUGCCCGCCCAGCGGCGAGGCCAGGGAGGAGGGCCCGGCACCCCAAAGCCCCAAGACGCCGCCCCAGUGCCGCCCGCUGCGCUCGGCACAGCUGUCCACGAGACCAAGAGCAAGGACACAAAGGCAAACCAGCGCCUCGGCCAGUACACCAUUGUACGCACCCUCGGCGAGGGCUCCUUCGGCAAGGUCAAGCUGGCCACGCACCAGGUCAGCGGCCAGAAGGUGGCGCUGAAAAUCAUCAAUCGCAAGCGCCUCGUCACCAGAGACAUGGCCGGCCGCAUUGAGCGCGAGAUCCAGUACCUGCAGCUGCUCCGGCACCCCCACAUCAUCAAGCUCUACACCGUCAUAACCACGCCCACCGAGAUCAUCAUGGUCCUCGAAUACGCCGGCGGCGAGCUGUUCGACUACAUUGUGAACCACGGCAAGCUGCAAGAAGCACAGGCCCGAAAGUUCUUCCAGCAGAUCGUCUGCGCCGUCGAAUAUUGCCACAGGCACAAGAUUGUGCAUCGAGACCUGAAGCCCGAGAACCUGCUGCUCGACCACGAAAGCAAUGUCAAAAUCGCCGACUUUGGUCUGAGCAACAUCAUGACCGACGGCAACUUUCUCAAGACGAGCUGUGGCAGCCCAAACUAUGCCGCCCCCGAGGUCAUAUCCGGCAAGCUCUACGCUGGUCCCGAGGUCGACGUCUGGAGCUGCGGUGUCAUUCUCUACGUCUUGCUGGUUGGCCGCCUACCCUUCGACGAUGAAUACAUCCCCACCCUCUUCAAGAAGAUUGCCGCGGGACAAUACAGCACCCCGAGCUACUUGUCGCCAGGCGCCACUUCUUUGAUCCGGAAAAUGCUCAUGGUCAAUCCCGUACAUCGCAUCACCAUUCCCGAGCUCCGCCAAGACCCCUGGUUCACAACAGACUUGCCGGCAUACCUCGAACCCCCUGCGCAGGAGUUCUUCGACAGCGGCGCAGAUCCAAACAAAGCCAUCGAUCCCAAGGCUCUUGCCCCAACGGCCGAUGCGCCCCGAGUACAGGCGUUACAUGAGAAUGUUGUGACCAAGCUCGGAAAGACAAUGGGUUAUGCAAAGCACGACGUGCAAGAUGCGCUGGCACGUGAUGAGCCAAGCGCUAUCAAAGACGCCUACUUGAUUGUUCGGGAGAAUGAGAUGAUGCGAGAGAACCCUCUGUUGACCAAUCAUGAUGGGGUGCCGGUAUGGAAUCAACAAUCACCGCCCACCCAUGAAAGCUACAUGGACAAGUUUAGACCGCAGUCACUGAACGCAGCCUCGCGCCCGCAAUUUAUUCCGCCGGCUCCUAUAGAACACGAGAGGGCUCGCCAAGGAUCCAACGCUAGCAGCCAACUUGCAAGCAUUCGGAGUCCCGUCAGCACCGUGGCCAUUCUCCCGAGCAGUCUUACCGAAUACCACAAGGCUUAUAUGAAGGGCCAUCCACGGCCCCUGAACAAAUUCCAAGACAACGACAGUCUGCCACCAACACCCGAGCAAACCGAAGAACAACGGCAGAUUUCAGCUCGAAGACUGAAGCCCAACUUCCGCACCAUGCCAGAAGCGAAUAGACAAAAACCCGAGCCAAUGACAAGCUUGCCCGCCAAGAAGCCACGAGCGACCAAGUGGCAAUUCGGUAUUCGAUCGAGGAAUCAGCCGGCCGAGGCCAUGCUUGCUAUAUUCAAGGCACUAAAAGCCAUGGGUGCUGAUUGGGAGGUGCCAAAGAUACGCAGAGCUGGUGGUGGUAGUGGUUCCCGCAGCCGGAGUGCUUCUCAGGCUCGUGACAACCGCAAAUCAAAGCCAAGGCAUCAAUCACAGGAAUCGAUAUCGUCACAUUCUUCAAGCGAGGGCCGAGACGAGGAAAGGGACUCGCCGCAUCGCGAACCGCUUACUGUGCGGAACAAUGGCAACAACGAGCAGGAUUCAAGGGGUCGACAGAAAAAGCAUUACAAUCAUACCAACGAUUGGGGUUACCAUGUUCCAGAGGAUCCAUGGGUCAUCAAUGCGCGCUUCCUCAAGGAAGGAAUGUUCCCGCCGGGCGUAGCACAUCCGUCAUCGACGCAUUCUUCACGCGUCGAUCUUGCCAAUGAUCCAUCUGGUCUCCGCAGGCGUAGUUCGACUAACACUAGCACAUCAAGCGUAGGCCACGGCGUCGAAGGCAUGACUUCGUCAGAUCGCGCUGGAUCCGUGAGUGAGGAGCAGGUCAACCCAGAUGAAGCAGUUUACAUAUACAUGUCCAUCCAGCUGUACAGCAUUGACCGCGACUUCUUUGUCGUCGACUUCAAAUGUGCCGGCUACGAGCGCCUAGUCACCAAUCUUGUCCGCGAAAUCAAGGCAUCAGUCGUGCCCGAGUUUCGCUCACACCACCAGGACGGCUGGGACGACGAACAAGGCGUGUGGCGAAGACUGGAUGAGAAUGAACCGCUGCCCAAAGAUCUGGUCAAUAAGCUCAACGAAGGAGGCACAGAAGUUCUCCGAGAGAGGACGGAGCUUGUGGGUGCGGGUCGACAGGAGGGAGAGAAGAUUGUCACGAGUCCUUUUCCGUUCCUGGAUGUUGCCAGUACGCUUAUCUUACAGUUGAGCGGCGAGUAGUGGGAGGAGAGGGAGAGUUUGUGUGUAUAUGGGUAAACAGCGUGGAAAGCGAAUGCUGUUCUUGAAACAGGAAGCAGUGUGUGUGUGUGUGUGUGUGUUGUUUCUUUGUACGAUGAAAUGAAUGGGCAGAGGCGAGGGGUGCGGCAAUGGACAUGACAUACCUGAGUACGGGUUAGUUGGAAUAACGCGUUAGAUAGCGUAUAGACAUGACAAGAAGAGA